GUCACAUGUCACGUAAAAUUUAGGAAUUUCUGGCACUUUGCACUUUUCUUUCAAAACAAACCAGGGAGAAAGACCAAAAACUCAGAAUAAGUUUCAGUUUAUAGUUUUUCUUAUUUUAUGUCGCGUUUCCCGUUCCGUUCCCGAUCCCAAACAAUAAGAUAAGAAGUUAUGGCGGUUGCGGGAUGCAGAGGUAUUUCAAGGGUUUUGGAGAAACUAGAAAACUCCAUCAAAAAUGGAGAGUAUUAUGAGGCCCAUCAAAUGUAUAGAACUUUAUAUUUUAGGUAUUUAAAUCAAAAGAAAUAUAAAGAACUAAAGGAAAUGUUCUAUCAAGGAUCUAUGCUGUUUCUGGACGCUAACCAGAAAGCUUCAGGAGCUGAUUUAGGUACUCUACUAGUUGAAGUACUUGAUAAGUCAGAAGACACCAACUAUGAGGCCUGGUCUCCAAAGUUAGCUGCAAUUUUUUUGAAGAUUGGUCCUUUGCAUGCCACUGAAAGGGAGAGUUUUUUGUGUAAAGCUGUAAAAUGGUCUGCACAAGGUAGUACACAAGGUCAUCCUUCUUUACAUCAGCACAUAGCAAAAAUCUACUGGGAUGAACUGAAUUACGUACAAGCCAGACACCAUUACGUCCUGUCCGAAGAUGGCAAAAGCUGCGGAAAAUUACUUAUAGAAUUUCAACUGACCAAAGGUUUUAAAUCUGAGGUGGACCUAUUCGUAGCACAGGCGGUCUUGCAGUUUCUUUGCCUUAGAAAUCAGAAUACGGCAAACCAGACGUUCACUACUUACACAGAGAACCAUCCGAGAAUAAGGAAGACUGAGCCACCAUAUUUGCUACCUUUGCUAAAUUUUAUUUGGUUUUUACUGAGGGCUGUAGAAACAAAGAAACUUCAGACUUUUGCGGUCUUAUGCGAGCAAUAUCAAAAAUCAAUAGAACGGGAUCCAUGUUAUUUACAGUAUUUAGAUAAAAUAGGACAAAUAUUUUUCGGUGUAAAGCCUCCUGCGAAAAAGAAGUCUGGAGGACUCUUUGGAAAUUUUAUAGAAAGUUUCUUAGGAGGUUUAGAUGAUGAAAGUGAUGAUGAAGUAAACGAACCCAAUCGACCACAGGCUGCGUCAACGUCGAGGCGGCUAGUCGAAAAUGCCGAUUUGGACUAAAAAGAGCAGCAGUUGUAAUUAAAUACCUUAUUAAUAUUUUCUCGGAGGAAACAUUGUCCCGAAAAAUACACUUCUUCAGAAGAAUUAAAAAAAUGAUUAACAAAGUGAACGCCUUAAUAAAUUUAUUACGCUUUUUUUUAUUUAAAUAUUAACAACUUUUUAUUGACAAAAUGUUAUUUUUUAGGAUGUCACAAAUUAUUAGUAAGCGGCUCAGAGGAAUCAUAUUUGCGGUUAAAUUAAACUUUAAAAUUUACUGUAGCUUCGAAAAGUAAAACUUGUGUUUAAAUUAUGUUUUUGAGACGAUAUAAAUUAUAUAAAGUAUUUGCCAAAAUAAACAGUACCGAAUCUAAAAAUGA